AUUCAAUCGCAAUAACAUAUAUCAUUAAAAAACAGCAGUGUUUUUACCGCUUAUUAACACCACUGACCAGAUUGGAAACUUCUCAUUCCCGCUUUGUUCCACACAUUUUCGGGUACACAACGUCACAAUCAAUGACCCCAUCGCGCAAUAUACCCGUACAUUCAGGAAUGCCACACAUUCUUGUAGAGUGUGAAACAGGCGAGAAACCCAACACCAUUUUGUUUUGUGGGCUAUGACAGCCCAUCAAAAUCCCGGACUUGAUCCAAAGUGGAUGCACUCGGCGUCGUGUGCUUCAUGUGGACGUGCGUGACCAGGGCAAAGGGUCACGUGAUGAAAGACGAGCAGCGGCCGCUAAAAAAAGAAAGGCGCCCCUUGCAGACGACGCACGACUCGUUGGAAACGGGGAAACCUCGCGCCAUCAUGGCGGCGGACACGGCGGCACUGGACGAUUAUUCUGCCUACGGCGACCUCAGCGACGACGAGCUGCUGCAGCUGGCCAUCCACCGCAGUCUGGACGAGGCCCAGGCAGGCCAGCGCAGCCUGCGGCCUCCCGACCUCAAAGUCAGCAGAGGUCAACCGGUUGCACCCGAACAGCAAGGCGCCGCCCACUACAGUUCACCAAACCCGCCCCGAGAAAAGCCCCCCGACCUAGAAACUUUUGAGGGCACCGUCAGCCGUUUCACCACCGGGGCCGGGAAGAAGAUGUUGGCUUAUCGCAAACGGGACGGCACUUUGGUCCACAUCGCGCCAGAACUUCAGGAGUCAGACGCGGGCCAAGGAGGUCAGGGGUCACGUGUGCAUCGGUUUGCUGUGUCGCUCAGGGAGGAAGAGCCCCUGUUCCAAGCCAUUCGCAUGGGCCACGUGGGCCGCCUGAAGGCUCUGAUAGCGUCUGCGGGAACCAACCCGAUGCUGCCCAGCAAGCCCGGCUGGCUCGCCAUCCAUCAGGCGGCGUGCUGCGACCAGGAGGAGUGCCUCAGGUUUCUCCUCUCAGCCCAGCCGGGGAUGAUCAACCAGCGCACCGAGCACGCGGAGACGGCGCUGCUGGUGGCGGUCGGAAGCGAGAAUCUGCGAUGCGCUCAACUUCUGCUGGAGAACGGCGCCGACCCCGACGCCGCCAACCGGGAUCACGAGACUCCGCUGUACAAAGCCUGUGAGAGGGACCACCCCGCGCUGGUGGCGCUCUUGCUCAAUCACGGAGCGGCGGUCAACACCAAAUGCUUCCAGGGCUGGACGGCCCUCCACGAGGCCACCUGCCGCAACAACGUGGAGAUCUGCCAGAUGCUCCUGAAGGCCGGAGGCAAGCACAGCCCUGCGGAUAAUUACGGGAUCACGCCGCUGUUCACCGCGGCUCAGAGCGGCCAACUCGCUUCCUUGCGCCUCCUGGUCAAGCACGGCGCUGACAUCAACACUCAGGCCGCCGACGGAGCGACGGCCCUUCACGAAGCCGCUAAGAACGGGCACGCCGACAUCGUGGAGUUCCUCCUUUCCCAGAAAGCGGACGCCAACAUCACGGGAAAAGCCGGACUGCUGCCACUUCACGUUGCCACCCGCAAGGGAAGCGAAGCUUUGGUGUCCAUGUUGAUCCCGGCCACCAGCAAGGCCAGAGUCCGGCGCACCGGCAUCAGUCCGCUCCAUGUGGCGGCCGAGCACAACCGCGACGACGUCCUGGAGAUCCUGAUCCGGGCCGGUUUCGACGUCAACGCCCAGCUGUGUGAAGAGCGCUCCCGGCUGUAUGAGGACCGGCGCAGCACGGCGCUCUACUUGGCUGUGGCCAACGACAACGUCGACAACGUUCGCGCGCUACUGGACGCCGGCGCCGAUCCCAACCUGGACGUCUUCGGGCCGCUGCUGGUGGCGGCCAGGCAGGGCUGGAUCGAGAACGUGACGCUGCUAGUGGAGCACGGCGCGGACAUCAACGCGCGCAUCCCCACCCACCCCACCACCUUCCCCGCCAUCUUCAUGUUCUCCAUGAAGUACCUCCCCAUGUUCAAGUACCUGCUGGACAACGGCGGCGACGCCCUCUCCUGCUUCCGGUGCGUCUACGGCAACGGGCCGCACCCGCCGCUCCAAACCACUCGGUCACACCGGGGUCACCUGGGAGACCCCGAAGGACAGCGGCCGACUGCGGGCGUUCAGUUCUGCGAAAUGAUCUCGGCGCCCAGCAUCAGUCGGUGGGCGGGGCCGAUCCUCGACGUGCUGCUGGACUACGUGGGUCAUGUGACGCUCUGCUCCCGACUGAUGGAGCACUUGGACAGCUACGACGGCUGGAGCGUCAUCAAAGACAAAGCCGCGUUGCCGCGGCGAUUGCUGCAGCUGUGCCGCAUCCGGAUCGUGCAGCUGGUGGGACGGCGGCGCUUGACGAGCUUGCCGCUUCCCGGAAGUCUGAUCCGCUUCCUGCAGCACCGGGAAGCUUCGCUGGACUUUUGAGCUGGCGUGCAGUUGUUCGCUUUGGCUUUUGCUCGGGAGCGGGAAACCGAGCCGCCAGACUUCGGCCGGCGCUUGGCAACAAGAUGCCACGUGCACGGAGAGAGCGCAGUCGCAUCAUCGUUCGCCAGAUGAUUGACAGCUUGUUGUAGUCGCCACAUGCUGGCGGCGUGUUGCAUGCUAGCAUACAAUGGUAAACACGCGAGCUAAAAUUAGUGUCAAGUGACAAUGUUGUCCUUUCAGCAGGAUACCCGGACACCAAAAGUGCAGCAACACAUAAUACACUCAUACUCACCGGCAUAUAUUAUUUAUCCUCCUUAUCGCGCGACUAAUCUGCACUAAGAAGGUAAGAGCUGCGUCUCCAGGACGGAGGUGGCCAAGGUGCACACACCAGUAUGAGCAGUGAGACAAAAACGCUUGAAUUCUUUUAAUUCUGUCAAAUGAUUUCAUCGCUGUAUGUUUUUUUUUAUGAAUGACACCAUUGUACCAUAGAGUGAUGUUUUUCUCAUUAAAAAAAAACUUUGCAUUCCUUUCAGUGGAGAAAGCCGAUUGUACGUGGCCA